CUAUUUAGGUGGAAGCCUUGCCGCGCCCUAGUAGUGGUGGCGGAGCUUAUUAGGGGACACGUCACACGCCGGCCAUGGGCAGGAGCAGCAAGAAGUCCAAGCGCCGAGCCGCCGUAGCUCCCUCCGCCGACGACAACGCCAUGGCUUCCGCCGAGGCCCCCGACGGGGAGAAUCAUCAGGAGCCACCACCGCCGCCGGCUCCCGCUCCCGCGGAGGCAAAGGCAAACGGGGAGCCGGACGAGCCGAGGCGGGCGCGGGACUCGUCCCCGGAUCGGGGGGACGGCGAGGCCGCGACGCUGAAGCGCCUCAACGGCAUUCUCGCCCGCACGGCCGACGAGGAGCGGAAGCGCGUGGCGGCGCUCGAGGCGCGGCUCGCGGAGCUCUCCGCCGACGCGGCCGCGCUCGCGGACGCGGAGCGCGCGGUGCUGCUGGCGGCCGUCUCGGCCCCACUCGCGGCCGCGGAGGAGGAGCGCGCCGCGCUGCUGGAGCGCCUCGCGGCGGCGCUGGACUCCGUCGAGCGCGCCCAGGCGGAGGCGGCGCGCGAGGCCAGCGCCAGGGCCGAGGACGCGGCGCGGCUCCAGGCGGCGGUCGUGGAGAAUGAGCAGCUCCAGGAGAUGCUCCGUGCGAAGGAGGAUGAGGCGGCGGCGGCGGUGGCCGAGAAGGUGGCCGCACUGGAGGCUGCGGUUGCCGGAUUGGAGGCCCAGAGCUCGGACCUGCGCGCGGAGAGGGGCGAAUUGGAGAGCAAAUUGGAGGCUAUGACGGCGUCAGCUCGUGAUGUCGAAUCACAGAAGGCGGAUUUGGAAUCAAGCUUCAACGAGUUCAAGAAGGAACACGAGAUGUACAAGGAGGAGAUGGAGGUGAAGCUUCAGGAUCAGUUGAAGGAAUUGGAGGCUCUGCAAUCCAGGAAGGAGGAAUUGGAGACGAAGGUGAGUUCUUUGGAGGCAGAGCUCUCUGCUUCUGAUGCUAGGAACCAUGAAUUGGAGUUGGAAAAGGUCAAAAUGCAGACAGAGAUGGCUGCUACCAAGGAGGAGGUGGAGAAACUCCAAUCCACGGUUGCUGAUGUGGAACAGAAGCAGAAUGUCAUGGUCGCUGAAGUGGCUAGGCUCGAAAGUGAGAUUGACCAAGCGGUGAAGGCGAAUGAAGCGGCAGCUGCGGCAAAUGAUGCUGAGAAGAAAACGAUCGAGGCUGAAUUGGAGAUGCUGAAGGGGAAUGUGGAAAGGAUUCAGGCAGAGAAAGAUGAUGCUUUAGGCAUGGUACAUACUAAAGAUGCUGAGGUCUCAGCGGCUGUUACUAGGAGCCAUGAAUUGGAGUUGGAAGUGGAGAAGACGGAGACGGAGAUGGUUACCUCCAAGGAGAUGGUGGAGAAGCUUCAAGCCUUGGUCGCCGAGAUGGAACAGAAGCAGAAUAUCAUGGUUGCUGAAGUGUCUAGGUUCCAAAGUGAGAUGGACCAAUUGGUGAAGGUGAAUGAAGCGGCUGUUGUGGCACAUGACUCUGAGAAGAAAAUGAUCCAGGCUGAAUUGGAGAUGCUGAAGGGGAAUGUGGAAAGGAUUCAGGUAGAGAAAGAUGAUGCUUUAGGCAUGGUACAUGCUAAAGAUGCUGAGGUCUCAGCGGCUGUUACUAGGAGCCAUGAAUUGGAAUUGGAAGUGGAGAAGAUGGAGACGGAGAUGGUUGCCUCCAAGGAGUUGGUGGAGAAGCUUCAAGCCUUGGUCGCCGAGAUGGAACAGAAGCAGAAUAUCAUGGUUGCUGAAGUGGCUAGGUUCCAAAGUGAGAUGGACCAAUUGGUGAAGGUGAAUGAAGCGGCUGUUGUGGCACAUGACUCUGAGAAGAAAAUGAUCCAGGCUGAAUUGGAGAUGCUGAAGGGGAAUGUGGAAAGGAUUCAGGCAGAGAAAGAUGAUGCUUUAGGCAUGGUACAUGCUAAAGAUGCUGAGGUCUCAGCGGCUGUUACUAGGAGCCAUGAAUUGGAGUUGGAAGUGGAGAAGAUGGAGACGGAGAUGGUUGCCUCCAAGGAGUUGGUGGAGAAGCUUCAAGCCUUGGUCGCCGAGAUGGAACAGAAGCAGAAUAUCAUGGUUGCUGAAGUGGCUAGGUUCCAAAGUGAGAUGGACCAAUUGGUGAAGGUGAAUGAAGCUGCUGUUGUGGCACAUGACUCUCAGAAGAAAAUGAUCCAGGCUGAAUUGGAGAUGCUGAAAGGGAGCAUGGACAAGAUUAAGUCCGAGAAAGAUGAUGCUUUAGGCAUGGUGCAUGCUAAAGAUGAUGAGGCUGGAAAGUUGAGGGAUGAACUGAAGAAGCUCCACAGUGGCAUGGCUGAGCUCCGUGCUUGCUGCGAUGAUCUUGAUGGGAAGUCUUCCUCCCUUCAUGAUGAGAAAAUUUUGGUUCUGAAAAAACUUGAGCAGGAGAAAGACGAAGCAGAGAAGCUGAAGUUCAAACUUCAGGAGCUUGAGUCCUAUAACAGAGACAAUGAUCGUGAGAUUGGAGUACUGAAGGCAGAAGUUGCAGGCAGGGACAAACAAAUCAAUGACUUGACUGAGGAGCUUGAGCAGCUGCAGCUCGCAGUCGCUGAGGCAGAUCGCAGGGGGACCAAUGUGGUCUGGACGUGGCUGGGUCCAGCUACCACAACUGUGUUAGCAGCUGCUUCCUUUGUCUACGCCGCACGUACUCGGUGAACAGCCAGCUCUUUCACUCGCUUUUUGCUCACUUGCUUGAGUAUGUGUAUUGCUCGAAAUAACCUGGGCUAGUACUCAUGAGUCAUGAUACUUGGUAUAUGGUAAACUGCUUCUUAUAUACUAUGAUGAAAUAAAGCUGUGUUCCGACAA